AUGGCGAGGAAGCGAUGGGGCACGUUCUUGACGCGGCUGCUGGCCUACGUCGGCUUUGGCGUGUUCUUCAUCCUUGGCUGGAAACUCGUCUUUCUGCCGAGGACUACGCUCAGACGCGACCUGGCACGGCUGCGACACAAGCAGACGUCGCUUCCGGACCUCGAGCGCCAUCUGUUUAGCAUCCCUGACACUGACUCGGUGCGUCAGUGGUCAAACUACUACACCUCCGGCGUGCAUCUCGCGGGCACGAAUCUCUCGCAGGCGCAGUGGACGGCCGAGAAGUUCACCGAGUACGGCAUCAAGACCGAGAUCGUGCCGUACUACACCUACCUCAAUUACCCCAAAGACCACAGCCUCAAACUGCUCGGCGUCAACGAGACCAUCAAGUACGUCGCCAGCUUGGAGGAAGACCCGUUGCCUGAGGAUCCCACGUCGAUGAACGCAGACCGCGUGCCCACGUUCCACGGAUACUCUGCGAACGGAAACGUCACCGCGCAGUACGUCUACGUCAACUACGGCCGACAGGCGGACUUUGACCUGCUCGAGAAGAACGGCGUGUCGGUCACCGGCCGCAUCGUGAUUGCUCGCUACGGCGGCCUUUUCCGCGGACUUAUCGUUAAGGGCGCGCAGGAGCGCGGCGCUACCGGUGUGCUCAUGUACACCGACCCCGGCGACGACGGAAAUGUGACUACGACCAACAAAUUCAAGGCAUAUCCCGACGGACCAGCGCGCAAUCCCUCGAGCGUGCAGCGAGGAAGUGUCGAGUUCCUCUCAGUCGCGCCCGGCGACCCCACCACUCCCGGCUGGGCGAGCAAGGAGUUUGCCGAGCGGGUUGAUCCGUACAAUACCAUCCCUUCGAUUCCCUCGCUUCCUGUCAGUUACAAGGAUAUGAUCCCUAUCCUGCGGGAGUUGAACGGCAUGGGCUUCAACCCGAACGACCUUGGCGAAGACUGGCGCGGCGGCUUGCGAGAGUUUGACUACUCUGUCGGACCGAGCACGAACAGUAUCAACCUGUUUAAUCUGCAAGAGUACAAGACGACGCCGAUCUGGAAUACGAUCGGUCGCAUCGAUGGCGUGAUCAAGGAUGAGGUCAUCAUUAUUGGAAACCAUCGCGACGCGUGGAUCGUGGGCGGCGCGGGUGAUCCAAACAGCGGGUCUGCUGUGUUGAUUGAACUUGCGCGCGCGCUAGGAGAGCUGAAAAAGACUGGCUGGAAACCUCUGCGAUCAAUUAUCCUGGCAUCCUGGGACGGAGAAGAAUACGCACUCCUAGGCUCGACAGAAUGGGGUGAAGACCUCGCGAAAUACCUUGGCGCAAAAGCAAUGGCGUACUUGAACGUCGACGUCGCCGUCUCCGGACCGAACUUCAACGCCGCCGCCUCGCCGCUGCUCAACACGAUUCUGAAAGACGUGGUGAAGCGAGUGCCGCAUCCGAGCGGGGGCUAUGUUUAUGACCACUGGUUUGCGCAAGCGAACGCUCAUAUUAGCACGUUGGGGUCUGGGAGUGAUUAUACGGUGUUUAUGGAUCAUCUUGGGAUUCCGUCGAUUGAUUUUGGGUUUGGCGGCGGUGCUAACGAUGCGGUUUAUCAAUACCACUCAAAUUACGACUCAUUCGCAUGGAUGGACAAAUUUGGUGAUCCUACAUGGGAAUUCCACACGACGAUGGUUAAAAUCUGGGGUCUCUUGCUGCUACAGCUGAGCGAGCAGGAAGUAAUCCAAUUCGACAUUGGCGAGUACGCGCGCUCGUUGUCGACCUACUUUGAACGCAUCAAGAGUAAGAUCAACGACAUUGCGGAGGAGAACGCCGAGCUGAAAGCCGACUGGACCGAGGGUGGGUUCUAUGACUGCAGCGGGGUCGCUACCAGUCAAGGUCACGAUAGUCUGGUACAAGAGUGUAGGUAUCGCACUAGCGCGGACGUGGGCGACGGAGUUGAUCUUCCUGAUUUCGAGCUCGGGUGGUGGUACAUUGCCUCCUCACUGCGCAACUGCACCGACGCGCUCGACAUGCUUGUACAGGCGGCCAACAAAUUCGACGUGAAAUCGAGCCAGGUCGAGAAAGAGUACCUGACUGAUUACCCGUGGUUCAAGAGCUACAAGAAGAUGCGCACGUACGUGCAAAUCCAGGGGUUGAACUCGCAGUACAUGAAGUUCGAGCGCAAGUUCUUGUACGAAAAGGGUCUGGAUGAACGGGACUGGUACAAGCAUAUCGUGUUUGCGCCAGGGUAUUGGACCGGCUAUGCGGGCGCGACGUUCCCGGGACUGGACGAGGCUUUGGAUGCGCGGAAUAUCACAAACGCAAAACGGUGGCUCGAUAUCAUCACCGAGGCGGUCCAUCAGGCGGCUGCGUUGGUCGAGGUGUAUUAA